AUGGGCCAUGUUGAUCAUGGAAAAACAACACUAUUAGAUACUAUCCGUAAUUCUAAAGUUACUAAUCAAGAACACGGUGGUAUUACUCAACAUAUUGGUGCUUAUCAAAUUAAAACUAAUAAUAAAUUAAUUACUUUUAUUGAUACCCCAGGUCAUGAAGCAUUUACUGAAAUGCGUUCACGUGGUUCUAAAAUUACUGAUAUUGUUGUUCUAGUAGUUGCUGGUGAUGAUGGUGUGAUGCCACAAACUCGUGAAGCAAUUGACCAUGCAAAAGUAGCUGGUGUUUCAAUUAUUGUUUUUGUUAAUAAAAUGGAUAAACCAAAUGUUAAUACUGAUCGCAUUAUGAAUGAACUAGCUAAUUGUGAUUUAACUAGAAUUGAUGAAUUAUUAGAAACCAUAUUAGUAAUUGCUGAAUUAAAAGAACUAAAUGCUAAUCCAAAUCGUUUUGCUAAUGGAACUGUUAUCGAAUCUCAUCAUGAUAAAAAUGUUGGUUCAAUUUGUACUUUAUUAAUACAAGGUGGAACACUAAAAGUUACUGAUAUUGUAGUUGCGGGUAGCGUUAAAGGAAAAAUUAAACGCCUUAUUAAUGAUACUGGUAAAAUAAUUACUAAAGCUGGACCUUCAAUGCCUGUUCAAGUUUUAGGAUUUGAAACAGCCCCUACUCCUGGUGAAUCUUUUAUUGUUUUUAAUGAUGAUAAAUUAGCAAGAAAAGUAGCACUAGUACGACAAACAGAAGAAACAAAUAAAAUUAGAAAUAAUCGACAAAUUAGUUUAGGUAAUUUAACACAAGAUGUUGCUACAGGUGAAUUAAAACAAAUUAAUGUUAUUUUACGAGCAGAUACUCAAGGUUCAGUCCAAGCAAUCGUUCAAGCAGUAAAUAAAAUUAAUGUUAAUGAUAUUACUGUUAAGUUUAUUAGAGCAACUAUUGGUGGUAUUAGUGAAUCAGAUAUUAAACUUGCUCAAACUUCAGGAAGUAUUAUUUAUGGUUUCAAUGUUCGUCCCAAUCAUGUUAUUCGUGAAGCUGCUAACAAUGCCGGUGUUGAAAUUAGAUUACAUAAUAUCAUUUAUAAAAUAACUGAAGAAUUAGAAUUGGCUGCUAAAGGUUUAUUAGAACCAACUUAUGAAGAUAAAAUUCUUGGUCAAGCACGAGUUAUUAAAACUUUUCAUUUUUCAAAAGUAGGAACAAUUGCUGGUUGUGUUGUCAUUAAUGGUUUCAUUCAACGUAAUAGCAAAGUUCAUAUUAUUCGUGAUGAUGUUGUUAUUUAUAACGGUGAAAUCAGUGGUUUAAAACAUGAAAAAAAUGAUUUAAAAAUUGCUAAAAAAGAAACUCAAUGCGGUAUUACUAUUAAAAAUUUUAAUGACUUAAAAGAAAAUGAUAUUAUUGAAUCAUAUUUAGUAGAAGAAGUGGAGACAAAAUAG